AUGUACAAUACUUCCUGCGAAGAGUACCAAAUAGAAGGCUCCUUCGUGAAUCGGAGCUGCAACAUGUUCGGUGCAAAAAAGGAGGCUGUGGCGGGGAUCCGAAGCAAAGUGGAUUCUUCCGCCAAUGUUGUAGCAGGGAUAGACUUUUUUUUUUUUUUCAAUCAAGCCUGGAUGGCAUUUGCUAUGGGGUUGGUGCUUGAACAAUUUCAUGGAGAUAAUUAUGCAGAUGAUGAUGGAAGUAGUGUUGAUGUAGACCCCACCAACCAAUAUUCAAUUGUCCUUCUUAGAUUUGUAUAUAUUUCUUAA